AUGGAAGAUGCCACGAAGUCUCUUUUGGAGUACGGUAUCCUUGAUACGACAACCGGACUCCUCUCUAGCAUUGUCAGGCCACCUGUCACUGCUCAGCACUUCGAAUUGAAACCACAGUUCAUUCAAUUCAUCUCUAAUGAUUCAUUUGCAGGCACACCACAUGAUUGCCCAGUAAGUCAAAUUGAUAGUUUCUUGGAGAAAUGUGAUACUAUGAAAAUGAAUGGUGUUACAGAUGAUGCCAUCAGACUUCGCCUUUUCCCUUUUUCACUACGGGAUAGGGCGAAAGAGUGGUUGAGAGAUGAAGGCACUGGCUCGUUCGAUACAUGGGACAAGCUAGUGAAGCCCUUCUUAGUGAAGUUUUUGGGACAUGAGAAGACUGCCAGGUUGAGGAACGAGCUAUCCACUUUCCGACAGUCAGAUGACGAGUCUCUCUAUGAGGCUUGGAGAAGGUUCAAGAGGUUACAGAGACAAUGCCCUCAUCACGGUAUCCCAGAGUGGCUGUUGAUUCAAACCUUCUAUAAUGGCCUAACCCAUGAGUUCCGAAUCUACAUUGAUGCUGCAUCAGGGGGUUCUCUCUUGAUAAAGAACCCAACUGAGGCAAAGGAGCUGAUUGAGAAGAUGGCGGCCAACGACAACUACCAUCCAAGAGGCCAACAUACUGUGAAAAAGGGAGGUAAGCUUGAUGUAGAUGCUUUGACUAUGUUAGCUAGUUCUGUGCAGGCACUAACAAGCAGGUUUGAUAAGUUCCAAGCUGGAACUUCUACUAGCCCACUGGAGGUUUGUCAAAUGUGCAAUGUGCAAUGUGCAAUGUGCAAUGUGCAGGGCCACAUCACACCGGAUUGCCCGCAGAAUAUGAGUGAGAUGUCUAUUGAACAAGCCAAUGCUUUCUACUCUUCGAACCCCAAACAGCCUUUUGAUCCUUACUCCAAUUCUUACAACGAAGGUUGGAAACAACAUCCCAACUUCUCUUAUAAGAACACCCAAGGACAACAGAAUCCACCAUCACAACCAUCCCUAUCCAACAACUACAACUCACCACCCGGUUUCCAACAAAGAACACCUAUGAACCAACAACCAACGCAACUACUUCCCCAAAAAUCUAGCCUUGAGUUGAUGAUGGAGAGCUUCAUUACCACAACCAAUAGUGCCAUCCAACAACAAGGUAGCUCCAUCCAACAGUUGCAAGCCCAGAGUAAGCUCAUGGAAACCCAAAUAAGUCAUCUUUCACAACAGGUGAGUCGCCUAUCAACUCUUCAUGAUCAAGCAAAGGUCCAGAAAGAACAAUGCAAUGCAGUUUUCUUGAGAAGAGAUGGACCAUCUCCGAGGCAAAUAGGUGAGAAGGUGUGCAGUGUGGAGUCUAGGAAAGAUGAAAGGGGCAAAGAUAUCCAAGGCCCCAAAUAUGUUGCUCCACCGGCUUAUGAGGAACCAUUGCCUUUCCCGCAAAGGUUGUCAAAAGCCGUACUCGAUAGACAUUUUGGGAAAUAUUGCGAAGCCCUUGAGAAGGUACACGCUUCUACUCCCUUUUCCGAUCUUUUAAUUCAAAUGCCUCAAUUUGCAAAUUUUGUGAAGACUAUAAAAGAUCAACAAAAGGAUAAGGAAGUAGUAAAUAAGAAGGGCCCUACUCUCUUAUAUGAUAACCUACCACCUAAGAUGCAUGAUCCGGGUAGUUUCACUAUUCCCUGCACGAUAAACGAGAAAUUUUUCGAUAGGGUUUUGUGCGAUUUAGGUGAUAGUGUUAACUUAAUGCCUUAUUCAUUAUAUGAGAGUUUAGGCUUGCAAGGACUUAAACCUUCCCCUAUCUCUCUUCAAUUGGCUGAUAGAACCUCUAGACUCCCUGAGGGUGUGGUUGAAGAUGUAUUAGUUACGGUUGGUGAACUUGUUUUUCCUGUUGAUUUUGUUGUUAUGGACAUUAAAGAAGACCAUAAGAUCCCGAUUAUAUUUGGUCGUCCAUUCCUUGCCACAAGUCAAGCUUUAAUAGAUGUUCCUAAAGGACAAGUGACCAUUAGGGCCCAGGAUAAACAAGUCAUGUUCAAGCUCUUUGAUGAACAUAAUUCUAUAUUUGAUGGUGGUACUUGCUUAAGAAUCGAUGCUACUAACCCUUUGUUUGAUAAGUAUGUAUUUGAUAGAAAUUUCGUGAGAAGCAAGGACAAAAUUCCACCCGAUGAUGUGCUUGGCCACAUGAAGGUGAGUUCGGAUAUAAGGCAGGUAAACAAUAAAAUGAAGGAGUCACUUGGAGGCAAUCAUUCCCAUGGGCAACAUUGCGGAGUUCCCCCUUCGUGGGUGAUCCCGGUUGAGCCAAUGAGUAUCACUACGGUCAAGCUAAAGACCUUAUAA